CCGCCGUUCGCCGGGAGGUGGCGCGCUCUGCUCAGAGGCCGCCGUCAACCUUCUCCGUUUCUCCCCCUUCUCCUUUUUCCCCCUCUCUCCGAGGCUCGCAUUGAAUCGGCCCUAACGAUUCUCGGAUCGUCAUUAUUUGUAACCAUAGAGCAUGAAUUACCUCUUGAGGUCAUCAGCGAGAAUUUACGACUGGUCAACAAAAGCACGUGAUUCCCUAACGCCCCCCCAUCCCCCUUCCAACCCCCCCCCCAUAUUUGGCCGCAUACAUAGCAAAACGAAGUACAGUGCAUCGCUAUAAUUCAUUAAUACAUCAUAAAUCGUGAAGCACAGGGUUAUAACGACCACGAUCCACAAAUCAAGCCCUCCAAAAUCACCCAAAUGAGCUCGUACUUUGUAAACUCCUUCUCGGGGCGUUAUCCAAAUGGCCCGGACUAUCAGUUGCUAAAUUAUGGCAGUGGCAGCUCUCUGAGCGGCUCUUACAGGGAUCCCGCUGCCAUGCACACCGGCUCUUACGGCUACAAUUACAAUGGGAUGGACCUCAGCGUCAACCGCUCCUCGGCCUCCUCCAGCCACUUUGGGGCGGUGGGCGAGAGCUCGCGCGCCUUCCCUGCGCCCGCCCAGGAGCCCCGCUUCAGGCAAGCGGCGUCGAGCUGCUCCCUGUCCUCGCCCGAGUCCCUGCCCUGCACCAACGGCGACAGCCACGGCGCCAAGCCCUCUGCUUCGUCCCCCUCCGACCAGGCGACCCAGGCCAGCUCCAGCGCCAAUUUCACCGAAAUAGAUGAGGCCAGCGCGUCCUCGGAGCCUGAGGAAGCGGCGAGCCAGCUAAGCAGCCCGAGCCUAGCUCGGGCGCAGCCAGAGCCCAUGGCCACCUCCACAGCCGCGCCCGAGGGGCAGACUCCGCAGAUAUUCCCCUGGAUGAGGAAGCUUCACAUCAGCCAUGAUAUGACCGGGCCGGACGGGAAAAGAGCCCGGACCGCGUAUACCCGCUACCAGACCCUAGAGCUGGAGAAGGAGUUCCACUUCAACCGCUACCUGACGCGGCGGCGGCGCAUCGAGAUCGCCCACGCGCUCUGCCUGUCCGAGCGCCAGAUCAAGAUCUGGUUCCAGAACCGGCGCAUGAAGUGGAAGAAAGACAACAAACUGAAAAGUAUGAGCCUGGCUACAGCCGGCAGCGCCUUCCAGCCCUGAGCCCGCCGGGAGGAGCCCUGGGCAGCCCAAGAGCCCGUGCCGCCCCCAGCCCCGGCCCCUCCAAGCCUCCCCGCGCUGCCGCCGCCCGCUGGGGACCGGUUCCCACGAGCCUGCCUCGCCCGGGCCCUGUGUUACGAUUUUUCGUUUGGUCUUAGGUCUUCCUGUGGCUCCCUCUCUCCUGGACUGGUUAAUCUUAUUAUUGUUAAUAAUAAUGAUAAUUAUUAUUUUCCCUCCAUGGUCCCCACUCCCCUCCGCUCACCCCAAAUCUGCCAGUGUUUCUGAAUGUUCGUGUCUGUGGUUGCACUCCUUUCCCCAGGAAAAAAAUGAAACUCGCAUGUUUAAUGUGAACUUUCCCCUCCCCAUCUGUGUUCUUCUAACUUAUUUAUAAAAAGAUGAUCGCAGUAUUUUGAGUUUCAGCUUGAAACUUCUCUAAAAGGGGCGGCAGUUGAGGUGGGGUAAUACCGCAGCACCGGGGCCCAGCUGAGCUGGCCUCCAGAGAAGCAGUCCAUGACUGUGUCUCUUUCCACCAUCCUCUUCCUCCUCCCUCCCCACUCCUAGGCCCAAGUCUCCCAGUGGCUUGGUCCUGGGGUGAAAGGGGGCCAGGGAGGACCAAAGGAGUGAUGUUGAGAAGAGGGAAGGUAAAUAGUGAGAUUGAAGUUCCUGCCGCCUGGGUAGGCCCCGCAAGGCCUGGUCUGGGAGCACCCGGAAACAAAAAUAAUCCUCAGUGUAAAAUGUCUUGUGUAUUUCUCUGUGAAUCGAUGGGUCUGGGAUAGAGGGCCCAAAGCUUGUAAAUAUGGGGAUAGUCUGGGUCAGACCCAUCCCCUCCUCCCCACCCAUUUCGCUUCUGAGACCAUUUGUAGUGAGCAAGUGGAUGCUGUGCUCCGUGUGAAAUCUGUCUUUGCCGGGCCUGUCUCAGUGAUUCGCUUUUGGUAUUUGUUUGUAGCUUUCCUUGAAGUCAAAUAAAUGUUUCCCCUAUUCCA